GGCGCGCACUUGGCAACAUUUUAUUCGUUCUCCCUGUUCUUAACUCUCAUCUUAACGUCUUUGUGCUCUGUUGUACUUUCUCAGAAAUCCACGGGCGCGGCCCAUGGCAAGGGUCUAAAUCACCUAAACUUCUGCUAGCCGAGCGAAGUAGGGGAACGAGAUGCUGAACGCUAUCCUCACUCCGCUGCGCACCUCGUUCAAUCUUUCCCCGCGCGUUGAUACACAUCCCGUGCCGCCAAGUCCGCGACCCGAUGAGCAAAACCCGGAGGAGUUCGCUAGGGAGGUCAUGAUAGAGCUGAUGCGGAACGCUGUGGAGGACCUGAAGCUGGCGGAGGACAGGAAGACGAGGCUGAAGAUCCUGUCCGAAAUCCUGCAGAUGAUGCGCCAGAACGAUGUCACGAAGGAGGUGUUCCGCGAGCUGGACGGCUUCCUCAUGCUUGUCAACGUGCUGGCCACGCUGAGCGCGCCCGAGGAGAGCCUGGUGGUGGAGCCAGAGGAACAAGUCGCGGACGAAACGAACGAAGCGCUGCGUCGCGUGUUCACUGUACUAUCAGAGGCGCAAGCGAAUUAUCCGGACAAUGUCAAGUUCUUCGAGGAAAGCGUCACAUACAGCGCGCUUACCGAUGCCAUACAUCCCCUGGUGCUAGAACCCAAGACCUCGAGAACAUGUAUGGGCUGCCUAUUCGCCCUCGCCCUCGAGGACUUCUCAUACGUCUCCGCCUUCGACCAGUCCGACAACAAGGACGCCGACCCCGGCCUCUCUGUAAUUCGCCGCCCCGGUGCCCUUCGCGUCUUUUGGGACUUCAUCCCCUACUUUGCAGGCGGCAACCCCGAAGUGCGCUGCGAGCUCUUCUCAUACAUCGAGCGCCUCCUGCACGUCACGCACCGGAACCACGCCAUCCUAUGUAGUCUCGAGCUUGCGGGUGACGCGCUGGAGUACUUCGCCGCCGCCGAGCCGUCGAGUGUGGAGAAAGCGGUGUUGCAGAAGCUGCUCAGGCGUCUGCUGGAUAUGGGCGCUACAGCCCAUGUGGCGCGGAGUAUUAUGCAGAGGGUGGUGAAGGAAGAGGGCAUGCUGGAUAGUGACAUGCUUGAGAUCCUCCGAGCUGGUGCGCGGUCGAAGUGGCCACAGCACUUCUCGAUGGCGGCGUACUCGCGCUUGCUGGUUCCUCAGCCAGACGCGAGAGGCCUUCCGCCUAAUGGGGUGACCUUUAUGGCAUGGUUGUGGUUCGAACGAUACCCAGACGGUACGAUGCACACGCUCUUCAGCGUUACCUUGGGGUCGCGCAAGCCUCUCGCACUGCGCCUUCGCCCAGAUGGCAGGUUACAGGUUGACUGCGAUGGGAACAACACGAUACUGGGGAAGUCAAAGUUGCCCAAGGCACGAUGGGUGCACGUUGCUCUUGUACAUUAUCCGCAUCGGAAAACGGUGCCCUCAAUCCGUCUCUUCAUCGACGGUGUCAUGACUGACUCUGCGAGCAACAUGUACCCGCGGCCCGAGAGCGGCGCUCGGACGUUCAAGUAUUGCAUCGGCAGCAAGGGCAAGGAGUCGAAACUCAAUUGGUGUCUGGCGUCUGCUACUCUGCUCUCGCAGCCCCUCAGCGACGACAUCCCCCGCCUAGUCCGCAGCCUCGGCCCCCGCUACGCUGGCAAAUUCCAGGACUCCGCCCUCGCCCGGUUCCUCACCUACGAGGCCUCCACCUCCCUCAACGUGCACAUUUUCAACACGCCCGCGUCCGGCACCGAAAUGGUCAAGCUGCUGAAAAGCGGACUCGAGAUCCCGCUCUCGGCGUUCGUUUUCCACAUUGCUGCGGACCACCAAUUGUACGCGUCGGGCAGCAUCGCGGCGCACGGGUACGAGGUCGAGGGCGAUGUGUUUUUGGUGAAGGCGACGACGCUGGACUCGGCGGUGUGGAGCUUGGGCGGGGCGGCGGUUGCGUUGAGGUUGUUGCAGUUGGCGAAGACAUCGCACGAGCUCUCACGUAGCUUAUCGAUAACGGCCGAUAUCCUUCGCAACCACUGGGGCAACUCCGAGGAUAUGGAGCGGCUGCGAGGCUACGAAGUCCUCGCCGACGUGCUUCGCCACAAGACCCAGCUCAUCAACCUCACCGGCUUCGAGAUCGUCUUCGAGGCAAUGGGACUCAAUUUCCGCGUUCCCGAGCAAUCUACAGUCACGAACACGACGGCUUACCGCGCUAUCGCGCUCGACUUCGAGCUCUGGGCGCAUACCCGUACCGAGAUACAGCGCGCCUACCUGGAGCACUUCGUCACCCUCCUCGACAUCAGUCGCUAUCACCGCUUUAACGCUCGACACCGCCUUUCGAAACUCGGCCUCGUACGCCGCAUGCUGUUCGUACUGCAGUUGGACUGGUUCUCCCCUGAUAUCAUCCCAUCGCUCGUCGACGCGCUGCGCGUCACCGCGCGCAACCACUUCAGCAAGGAGGACGCCAUCAAGCCGAUCGUGUCCUAUCUCGCGGUCAGUUUACAUGAAUCGCAGGGUGCGGCCUCGCCCAUGUCCAUGUCUUCGCGCAUCGACUACAAAGACCGCCGAUGGAAGGCCGAGCUCGUCUUCGAUGCGCUCGUUGACAUCCUGUCCGACCCGCAGUGCUACACUCAAUUUACCUCCGCGCUGCCGAUUACGCGAAUAUGCCUACUAUUGCUUGGUGAACGGCCGACACCGCGCACGGCUACCGACGUCCUUCGCAUGAUCAGCCUCAGCUUGAAGAAGUCAAUCACGUUCAUCCGCAAGUUCGAGCUCAUCAGCGGCUGGAGUGUGCUGAAGACGGUGCUGCCGGUAGCUUGGGACGCGGGAGUGGCGGAUGCGGCGUUCGACGUGGCUCUGGGUCGCGAUUGGAGAUCACCGGAUGCGAAGGCAAAGGCGGAGCAGCAGGUCGUGUGUCCGAAUAUUGUGCCUGCGAUCCUGUCCGCGCUGCAGACCGGCUUGGUCAAUAUGGCGGGCGGGGCGCAGCUCUCCCCGGACAACUCUGAAGCUGCGGCUUCCGGCUCGCCAGAGAAGGAGAUGGAGACAUUGGUCGAGCGGUUGAUCGAGCUGCAUUCCCAAAGUGCCACAUUCCGCCAGAUCUUCAAGUCCCAGCAGUCGACGCAGAUAGUUGUCGACGCGUACAAGCGCUUCGUUGAGAAGCUCAGCACUGCAUCCACGAUCGCACCCGUUACCAUCCGCGUGCUGGAGAAGAUGGCGCACUUCGGCAUGGCGCUUGCGCUCGACAACCUUGUAUCUGGCGUGCAGAAGCAGGAGAUCUUGGAGACCUUGCAGAAGGCCGAGUUGAUCGUCAACCCGUCACAGGAGACAACCAGCAUCGAUCCGCAACUCAUCGUCGACCAGCGAAGUGUCAGGCAACGUAUCGCUUCUGCGAGGUUCAGUAUGCAGGUCGGCGAGCGCACGGUUAUCAAGACCAUGUUACGCAUCGCAGAAUGGCGUAGGACAAUCCAGACUUCGGAGACGAAGCGCCUGCGGAAAGGAUUGCUGGACUUGCGUGAGGAUCGUCGACAGGCGGCGUCGCUGUACGACUGGGUGCACAUUCUGACUUCCGAGCGCGGACUGUGGCCAGAGCACAGGACGCGGCAUUGGAGGCUAGACGAGACCGAGGGCCCACAUCGAGUGAGGAAAAAGCUCGAACCCCAAGCAGAGAAGAACCUAUCGCGUGUCGAGUACACCACCGAUGUCCGCGACGUGCACAUCCCCGACGGCGACAGUGAGCUGGCCGUAACAGAGGCUCCACCAUGGGCAGACCAGUACGAAAUAUCCGCUACUGAGAUGUCAGAAGACCAGCUUGCAGAAGACAUCUCCGACGACAAGCAUCGUCGCGUGCGCCAUGAGCUCGAGCCUGGAGACGUUAUUGAGGCUGUUGCUACUGUAGCGCGCGUCGCCGGCGUGGACUCUUCACCCGGUCUCAUCAUACUAGGUCGGACGCAUAUCUAUAUGCUGGACGGUAUCGUCGAGAACGAUGAUGGCGAAAUUAUCGACGCACGAGAUGCACCCAAGCGACUUCUGUUUGUUCCUGGUACCACAGUUGAGUUGGACGGACCUCAGAAGGCACAGAGAUGGCCUCACGAUCAGAUCGCUACAUUCAGCAACAAGAUGUUCCUCUUCAGAGACGUCGCAUUAGAGCUGUACUUCAAGGACAAUCGCUCUCUCCUCAUCGUCUUCGUGGACAAGCGGCGUCGAACUGAUAUACAUGGCCGCCUUUCGCACAUCACUGGAACCAGCGGUGUGGCGAAUGCCCCAUCCACGCCGGCACUACUGCGUACGCCGUUGUAUGGUCUAAGCAAGGCUUUCUCGGGUUUCCGAGCGGAUGAACUGGCCACUGCGCAGCGAAGAUGGCAAGCCCGAGAGAUCAGUAACUUCACCUACCUCAGCAUACUCAACCAGAUCUCGGGCCGCACGCCGAGCGAUGCAACGCAGUACCCCGUGUUCCCUUGGGUGUUGCAAGAUUAUGCAUCGGAAACGCUUGACUUGUCUUCGCCAGCGUCCUUCAGAGACCUCACGAAGCCUAUGGGUGCGCUCACGGAAGCACGGAGAGAAGCUGCCGAGUCGCGUUAUUCUAGUCUCAUGAGUGUAGGCGAGCCGCCUUUCCACUACGGCACCCACUUCUCUAGCUCGAUGAUCGUCUGUCACUUCCUCAUCCGACUUGCGCCUUUCACCAGCAUGUUCAAGACGCUGCAAGGCGGCGACUGGGACUUGCCUGACCGUCUGUUCUGUGACAUCGCUCGGGCCUACCACUCCGCCGCUAUCGACGUCAGAGGCGAUGUCCGUGAGCUUAUUCCGGAAUUCUUCGUUUGUCCUGAAUUCUUGGAGAACGCAGACGACCAUGACUUCGGUGUACACUCGAGCACAGGCGAACGCGUACACCAUGUGAAGCUGCCGCCUUGGGCACAUGAAGACCCCCUUCUGUUCAUCACCCUAAAUAGAAGAGCUUUGGAAAGUCCUUUCGUUAGCGAGCACUUACCUGGGUGGAUAGACCUCAUCUGGGGUUGCAAGCAACGGGAUCGCGACUCGCUCAACUGCUUCCAUCCAUUAUCGUACGAGGGGUCGAUAGACCUCGAUGCUAUCACUGACGAACUCGAGCAACAAGCGACCGUGGGAAUCAUCCACAAUUUCGGCCAAACGCCGAGGAAGCUGUUCCAUACCCCGCAUCCAGAGCGUUACACGCACGGCUUCUCGACUUUACCUAUCGGCACGCUGCAUGGGAUAGAGGAGGAUCCAUAUCUUCUCGUGCAAGAAACGCGACCUCUCAAAGCUCUACCCCUCAACAUCGCCGUUCGAGACCUUUGUAUCGAUAUGAUCAACGAGAAUGUCCUACCAUGCCCCGAGGGCUGGCUGUACGUCCCGUUACAUACUAGUGAACAGAUACAUUGGGGACCGUACAAUACUGGAGGGGAUCUUCAUCUCCGGAUAGACAACAAGGUCGUGCAGACCAUCGAGUCUGCAUCGUGUACUUGCGCCACCUGGGUCGACUCAAACACUCUCGUAACGGGAGGCUUCGAUUUCGCCGUUCGCCUAUGGAAGCUUACGCGCGACACUAACCACGACGGUCACCCCACGCGUCUGAGGGUGACCCAUGUGAUGCGAAUGCACACCGAGAUUGUCGUAGCCGUAGCUGCGUCAAAGGCGUGGUCUAUCAUCGCCAGUGGUUCAAGCGACAGUAGCGUCGCUUUCUGGGAUUUGAACCGGGGAUCUUACGUGCGCUCGGUGUGGCAUCCAGAGGGCUCCGAUGUACACCUAGUUGCAAUCAAUGAGUCUACGGGUCAUGUCGCGUCAUGCUCCGACAUGUUGCUUCGCCUUGACACAAUAAAUGGGCGACCGAUAGCACAGCUCGACCUCAGAAGUCUCGCGCCGAUAACUUCCCUGGCUUUCCACGAGAGGGAGUACUCACAUCUCGGAAUACUAGCUACGGGCAGCGCCGACGGCAGCAUCACUUUGCGUACAUGGACCGCGGACGGAACACCCGCCGGAGAGAAAGCGCAGUGGGAGUUCUUGGAGGUUCGGACAAUGAAGAUCAGGGGGACGGAGCCCAAGGAAGGUCGACUACCCGCCGUCACGGCCUUGAAGUUCCUGGGGGAAAGCCUAUGUCAUGGAGAGGCGUCAGGGCAAUCUUAUAUGUGGACAUUUCCGGAGUAGCGGUCUGGCGCUAUACAUUCAGUAUCACACGGACUUCAACAUCGACAGUUAUCGCACGCUAUCAAUGCAGUUGUAUCUUGCUUUCGACAUUCGACCAAAAUGGAUAUGUACUAUGCAGAGCUAUC